CCGGUUCUUCCUCGCGGGAGGGCACGCAGUACGGGUGCCGAGGAAGGACAUUCGGGGCCGUGUGCGCAGUUGUACUGCUUCCCCGCAGUAGGGAUGGCGGUGAGGCGGCGGGCGGAGGCCUUCGUGCCGGCGGAGGAGAGCGACCAGCUCCUGAUCCGUCCCCUAGGUGCUGGUCAAGAAGUAGGGAGAUCAUGCAUUAUCCUGGAAUUCAAAGGAAGGAAGAUAAUGCUCGAUUGUGGAAUCCACCCUGGCCUCGAAGGAAUGGAUGCACUUCCUUACAUUGAUUUGAUAGAUCCUGCUGAGAUCGAUCUCCUCUUGAUUAGCCAUUUCCACUUAGAUCACUGUGGGGCAUUGCCCUGGUUUCUACAAAAGACAAGUUUCAAAGGAAGAACCUUCAUGACCCAUGCUACAAAAGCAAUUUAUAGAUGGCUUCUAUCAGAUUAUGUUAAAGUUAGCAACAUCUCUGCGGAUGACAUGCUGUAUACAGAGACAGAUUUGGAAGAAAGCAUGGACAAAAUUGAGACUAUCAACUUCCACGAAGUAAAAGAAGUGGCAGGAAUCAAGUUCUGGUGUUACCACGCAGGCCAUGUUUUGGGAGCAGCUAUGUUUAUGAUUGAAAUCGCUGGAGUGAAGCUGUUAUACACAGGUGAUUUCUCACGACAAGAAGACAGGCAUUUGAUGGCAGCUGAGAUUCCUAAUAUUAAACCUGACAUUCUUAUCAUUGAAUCCACCUAUGGGACACACAUCCAUGAGAAACGGGAAGAGAGAGAGGCACGAUUCUGUAACACUGUGCAUGAUAUUGUAAACAGAGGAGGUAGAGGUCUUAUUCCUGUAUUUGCCUUGGGAAGAGCUCAAGAAUUGCUUUUGAUAUUAGAUGAAUACUGGCAAAAUCACCCUGAGCUACACGAAAUACCAAUCUACUAUGCCUCCUCUCUGGCAAAGAAAUGUAUGGCCGUUUACCAGACGUAUGUCAAUGCCAUGAAUGAUAAAAUCCGCAAACAAAUCAACAUCAACAACCCAUUUGUAUUCAAGCACAUUAGUAAUCUGAAGAGUAUGGAUCAUUUUGAUGACAUUGGCCCCAGUGUUGUAAUGGCUUCCCCUGGGAUGAUGCAGAGCGGUUUGUCCAGGGAACUGUUUGAAAGCUGGUGCACUGACAAGAGAAAUGGGGUCAUCAUAGCUGGAUAUUGUGUGGAAGGAACACUUGCCAAGCACAUUAUGUCUGAACCAGAAGAAAUUACCACUAUGUCUGGGCAGAAGCUCCCACUGAAGAUGUCCGUGGACUACAUUUCUUUCUCUGCUCAUACGGAUUACCAGCAAACCAGCGAGUUUAUUCGGGCAUUGAAACCUCCACAUGUGAUUUUGGUGCAUGGUGAGCAGAACGAAAUGGCCAGGUUGAAAGCUGCGCUGAUACGUGAAUAUGAGGAUAAUGAUGAAGUUCAUAUAGAGGUCCAUAAUCCUAGAAAUACCGAGGCUGUGACAUUAAACUUCAGAGGAGAAAAGCUGGCCAAGGUUAUGGGUUCUCUAGCAGAUAAGAAACCAGAACAAGGGGAGAGAGUUUCAGGAAUACUAGUUAAAAGAAAUUUUAACUAUCACAUACUUUCUCCGUGUGAUCUUUCCAGUUACACAGAUCUUGCCAUGAGCACUGUGACACAGACGCAAGCUGUCCCAUAUACAGGCUCAUUCAGUCUUCUUUAUUACCACCUACAAAAAUUAACAGGUGACAUAAAAGAAAUAGAAGUUCAGGAAAAGUCAGCCCUGAAAGUUUUUAAAAACAUCACUGUCAUCCAGGAGCCUGGCAUGGUGGUGCUUGAGUGGGUAGCAAAUCCUGCUAACGAUAUGUAUGCAGACACCGUAACCACAGUGAUACUGGAAAUACAAUCAAAUCCCAAAAUUCAUAAAGCUGUGAUACACAAAAUUCCUAAAAAAGAAGAAACAGAAGCUUAUCACAAGAAAAUGGAGAUCAUGCUUCAAGACAUAUUUGGAGAAGACUGUGUAAGCGCAAAGAAGGAUAACAUACUGAGCAUCACUGUGGAUGGAAAAACAGCCAAUCUUUCAUUGGAUACACGGACUGUUGAUCAUGAACCAGGAUGUGAAGAUGACGAUGAAACUCUUCGGGAAAUGGUGGAGUUAGCAGCACAAAGACUCUAUGAUGCCAUCAUUCCUUUACAAUAAAUGGAGUGAACACUGUAUAUAUUGGGGACCAUGGGGAGGGGAUUACUAUUUACUUUACCAUCAUUGUUUUGUU